AUGUAAAAAAGAUUACCUUCCCUUUCUGUUGAUUCUUCAAAACUUGUUUAAUUAGUUCAUUACGGUAAAUUCAUUUUCAUUAUCUAGGUCAGGCACUUGCUGAAAUGGGAAUGGGUUUUAAAGCACUUCAACAAUAUGAUUAUGCAUUAGAAUUAAACCCAAAAAGUCCUAUUGUUUUUCAUUAAAAAGGUUUAAUUUAAUAUUUAAUCUUAGGAUUGCUUUAUUUCCAAAAAGAAUAAUAUAUUCAUGCUUUACAUUGUUAUGAAUAAGCCUUACUUUAAACAAAUCAUAUCAAUAUUUAUUUUGAUAAAGGAAAUGCUCAUCUUGCAUUAAAUCAAAUUGAUAAAGCUAUAGAAUGUUAUAACACAGCAUAAACAUAUUUCAAUGAUAGAAAAGAGAUCUAUUAUUAAUUAGGAGUUGCUCAUUAUUAGAAAAAUUGUUUUGUAACAGCUCUUUAAAAUCUUGUUUAAGCUAUUAAGUUAGAUCCUAAAUAUAUUAUUGCCAUUCAAAAACUUGGUGAUAUAUUUUAUGAUCUUAAACUGUAUAAAAAAGCUUUAAAAAACUAUGAAAAAAUUCUACGCAUUGAUGGUCUCAAUUAUAAAGCUAUUUAUAGUAAAGGUUUAAUUUAUUUUGAACUUAAUGAUAUAGAAAAAGCUUAAGUUUGUUUUGAAAAAUGUAUCCUUCUUCAACCUCAUAAUUCUAUGCCAUAUUUUAAUAAAGGUGUAAUAUUUUUAUAAAACUCUGAUUAUAAGGAAGCUUUAAAAAACUUCAAAUAAUCACUCAACAGAAAUCCGCAAAAUCAACAAGCAAAAUUUAAUUUGGGUUUAGUUUAUUAAAAAUUAGGAAUUUUGGAUAAAGCAUUACUUCAUUAUAGUAAAUGCCAAGCAACCCAUGAGGUUUUAUUUAAUUAAGGUUUAAUACAAAUGUAGUUAAAAUCUUAUUAUAAAUCCUCAGAGCAUUUUAAAAAAGCAAUAAAGUUAAAAUCAGACAAACCAGAGUAUUGGUAUAAUUUGGGAAUCAAUUACUACUUUUUAGAUAACAUUACUGAACUUGCAAACUGUUUUGAAAAGGUUAUUGCAUUAGGAGGAUUGUGGAUUAUUGAAGAUUAAAAUCUGUAACAUCCAGCUGUUAUUUAAUAUCGGUAGUAAUUUAUUGAAAAACCAACAAAUUAUUAAAGUUAUUAUAAAUAAGGUCGCAUUUAUUGUUUAUUAAAAGAAUUUCAUUUAGCAAUAAAAUCAUUUUAAAAAAGUAUCAAUCUUAAUUCCAACUUUACAUAAUCUAAACUAGAAUUAGCUAAAGCUUAUGAAAGUUUAUAACAGUAUAAAGAAUCUAUUUUCCUAUAUAAAGAAAUUCAUGAUCAAUAGUCUUAUUAAUAAUUGAGUUUACUUCUUUAACAUUUAUAAUUGUAUGAUGCAUCAAUUUACAUUUUAAAUAAAAUUUUAGAAUUAGAUCCAAAAAAUAUUGAGGCUCUAUAUAAUAAAGGACUCUCAUUUAUUUAAAUGAAUCGAUAUACUUCUGCUUUAUAAUGUUUUGAUGAAAUUAUACGUAUUUAACCUAGGUAUAUUGAGGCAAUUUAUUAAAAAGGUCUUACUCUGAAAUAAUUAAAUUAAAAUGAUAAAGCUUAAAUUUUAUUUUAAAAAAUACUUAAUUUUACACCUGAAAAUGAACUUAUUUAUCUUUUAUAAGGUCAUUCCUAUUUUCAUCUUCAAAAAUAUACAGAAGCUAUAUUAGCUUAUGAAAAGGCAAUUGAAAUAAAUAAUCUUUUUAAUGAGGCUUACUUUGGAUUAGGAUAUAUACAUUAUACAAGAAAAGAAUAUUAAUUAUCAAUUAAGAUUUAUAAAUAAUACUUAUUAAAAUACCCAAAUUCAAAAUAAUUUUUGUUAGCUUUAGGUAAUUAUUGAAUAUUAAGUAUAGCAAAUUCAUUACAUAAACUUGGAAAAAAUAAAUCUGCUCUUAAGAAAUUAGAUGAGAUUCUAAUUUAAGAUUAAAGAUCAUAUGAAGCUAUUAAUUGUAGAGCCAUAAUCUUUUAUGAUAUGAAAUCAUUUAAGUAGUCAUUUUUAAAUUUUUAAAAGGCUAUUUAAUUUAAGCCAAGAUAAAAUGAAUUACUUAAAUAUAUAUAUAAUUCGUGA